AUACAAAGCUACCUUCUUUGCAGUCGUACUGCGAACUUCGUCGAGACGCUUAUGGCCACCGAUCUGUCCGCAAUUCGUCACGAUUCUUUGUCCCCGAAUCAAUCCAAUAGCCGAUCUCUCCGUUUCGUUUCGUCAGCUCCCCCUUCGCUUAGUAACGGGCCGUUGACAGCUUGGAGCCAUGGGUGAUGUGAUUGAUUUAACCGGUGAUGGAGGUGUUAUAAAGACAGUUGUAAGCCAAGCCAAAGCUGAUGCUAUUGCUCCAACAGAAGACCUUCCUCUUGUUGAUGUUCAUUAUGAAGGUGUUCUUGCUGAUAAUGGCGAAGUUUUUGAUACCACACACGAAGACAAUACUGUAUUCUCUUUUGAGCUUGGAAAGGGCACUGUAAUCAAGGCUUGGGACAUUGCAUUGAGAACCAUGAAGGUUGGGGAAGUUGCAAAAGUCACGUGCAAGCCAGAAUAUGCCUAUGGCAGUGCGGGUUCUCCGCCAGAUAUCCCACCAGAUGCUACGCUUAUCUUUGAGGUGCAAUUAGUGGCUUGCAGGCCACGGAAGGGUUCGAGUUUGGGUAGUGCGUCAGAGGAGAGGACUAGGCUAGAAGAGCUGAAAAGGCAGAGGGAGCUUGCUGCCGCUACCAAAGAAGAAGAGAAGAAGAAGAGAGAAGAUGCUAAAGCGGCUGCAGCUGCCCGAAUUCAAGCCAAGCUGGAAUCCAAGAAAGGUCAAGGGAAGGGGAAGGGCAAAGCAAAGUAGUGGCAUAUCGCAAGUUUCAUUCACGUUAAUGUGUGCUGAUAACUAAUAUUUUACUAUAUUGAGACGUAUAAACAAUAUUUGAAAUGUGUUAAGACUAUAAAUUGUGCCACGGUAGCAACAUCAGACACCGGGGCGGGGCCGGGGCCAGGGCCAUCUCUAAAUACUUUUACUUUGUUGGAGUGGAAAUCUGUUGGUUGGGUGUAUGAACACCACUCAAGAAGGCAACAGAACUCAAUUUCGUGACACCAAUCACCAAGACAAACAAAAAACUAGUCUGCAUUAGCGUCUUAUAUGAACUGUUUAUUAUGAGUAUCAAA